AUGUACCAAACGAGCAAGAACUCGAACGUGAAGAGACAGCAUCACCGGACAAGCCUUCACAAGGGCCAGAAGAGCAACAGUCUCCAGACCCUCGACAACCGCAAGGGCGGCCAGUCGACUGGCCACAGGAUACCCAAGAGCCGCCGCAAGACGUUCCACGACUUCCAACACCCCCACAACCGCCACUACCUCUCCAAGACACGACACCACCGCCCGACGUGUCACCACCUGCGCCCCGAUGCCGCUGCACGCGCAUCCGCAUCCAACAAUGACACCCGCACGUCCAUUGUCUCGGCCACGUCGGCCACCACCGCCUCUACAGGCAUUGCAUUGACAGAGGGAACAGAAUCGCCACUCUCGCUUGUGCCCACAGCAACCCCCCACCCGUCAGAACCGUCGUCGCCAUACGACGCCAAUGGCUCUACCAACAGCACGUCGAUUACCUCACCUACCUCGCCCGCCUCUCCUGUCCGGAACGCAUACGAGCUGGCUGGGGGGCUUGAGGACUGGGAGGACGUGGACGUUGCCGAUGUCGACCGGUUCGGCUUUAUCCACGUGCGCCCGCCGCCGCAAACCACGGCGGCCACUGCCAGUGGCGACGGUGACGGCGACGGUGACGGUGAUGCUGACGAGGAGACCGUCCGUGGAAACAAAGAAAACGGGAACGUACAAAGAGGUGGCAGCCUUGCCAGCGGCAUUGGUCGUCACUUCAGCCUCCGCCACAGAUCAACCGCGCCGCGCCGCAGCAACCACCGCACGCUCACGUCCAACAAUGGAAACGGCUUUGGCGCCCGUUCCGUCCACACCAGCCGUUCCACCUCCACGACAGCCACCGCCGCUGCCGCCGCCCGCUCCUCCAUCCGCGCUGCCGCCAACCAGCUGCCCCACAACAAAGACCGCCGCUGGAUCGAUGAAGCCGGUGGGAUGCUCACGCUCGAGCCUGGCCUUGCCGAUAUCGCCGAAGACGAGGACGCCGAGCGCCUCGCCGACGUGCUCAAGAGGAAAGAGUGGGAGCGCGCCGAGAAGUGGCGCCGCAUGGCCAAGGCCGUCGUCCGCAACGAUGGCGGUCGUGGUGGCGCUGGCGCCGUGGGCACGGGCGCUGGCAUGGAGUUCGUGUUUGACCUGCACCACCCCAAACUCGUCGAGCGGACCUGGAAAGGCAUCCCCGACCGGUGGCGCGCGACCGCGUGGUACUCGUUCCUCGCUUCCAGUGCCGAGCGCCGGCGCGCCCAGCGGGUGCCUCCGCUUCCGUCUGCAACCCCUGCGGGCGAUGCUUCGGAAGAAGGAGAAGGAGAAGGAGCGACAGCUUCUCCCAUCACGGUCGCAUCCGCUGUCCCCGAUGGCGGCGAGACCGACACCCAGAUCAUCGCCGCCUUCCACCGCCUGCAGGACACGGCCUCACCCGACGAUGUCCAGAUCGACCUCGACGUGCCGCGCACCGUCAACGGCCAUGUCAUGUUCCGCAAGCGCUACCGUGGCGGCCAGCGCUUGUUGUUCCGCGUCCUGCACGCCCUGUCACUCUACUUCCACGCCACCGGCUACGUCCAGGGCAUGGCCUCGCUCGCCGCCACGCUCCUGUGCUACUACGACGAGGAGCGCUGCUUUGUCAUGCUCGUGCGCCUCUUCCACCUGCGUGGGCUGGAGCGCUUGUACGAGCCUGGGUUCGGUGGGCUCAUGGAGGCCCUAGGCGAAUACGAGCAGCAGUGGCUCGCCCGCAGCAACCGCCGCGUCGCGCAAAAGCUGUCCUCGCUCAAUAUUGACGCCACCACAUACGCCACCCGAUGGUACCUGACGCUGUUCAAUCUGUCCGUGCCAUUCCCCGCCCAGCUGCGCAUCUGGGACAUCUUCAUGCUGCUCGGCGAUGCCGACAAUGAAUCGCUGGAUGGUGGCAGUGGACGCAUGUCGCUGUCCCGCCCCGGCUCGCGCGCCAGUACGCGACCAGGCACAGCCGCCACGACACGGCCCGGCACGGCCACUGCCACGGUUACGGCCACGGCCACGGCCGACGCAGCCGCACGCCCCGUCCAUCUGACGGCCACGGCCAUGAUCACCGCCAACGCACCCGCCCCCACCGCCAGCAAGGCCAACCUGGCGAUCCUGCAUGCCACGAGCACGGCACUCAUUGACGGCCUCCAAGACGUGCUCUCGGACGCCGACUUUGAGAACGCCAUGAAGGCGGUGACCUCGUGGGUGCCAAUCAAGGACGUGGACCUACUGAUGAAGGUCGUCCACGCGGAGUGGAAGCGUUACCAGAAGAGGAAAGCAAGGCGGUAG